AUGAGUUCGUCUCGCCGGCGCCGCCGCCUCUCGCCGCCGCCGCAGCUGCCCGAUGACGCCAUCCGAGACAUACUCCUCCGCACCCCGCCGGACGACCCCAGGCGCCUCGUCCGCGCCUCCCUCUGCUGCAAGCCGUGGCGAGGGAUCCUCUCGGAUCCGGUCUUCUGCCGCACCUACCGCGAGCUCCACCGCGGGACGCAGCCCUUGCUCGGAUUCAUCCACAACAAGGGCAGCGCGGCGAAGCCGCACCACUGCGUCCUGGUGCCGACCACCUCCUUCCGCCCGCCCGGCGGCACCCACCGCCGCAACUGGAUCGUGCUCGACUCCCGCCACGGCCGCGUCCUCCUCUACAGCUUCCCGCCCAAGCCGGACAUCCAUGCCGACUCGUCCUGCCCGACUUCACCCACGCGCGGCUCCUGGACCGCCACCCUGCUCUGCGCCACGGACGGCUGCGACCACGUCGACCCCUUCCUCGUCGUCUUCGCGGGCCUCGACAGGCACGCCUUCGCUUCCGUCUACUCGUCGGCCUCCGUCGACUAUCCCGACACCGUCUUCGUCCACUACCCGGAUGCCGCAAUGGAGCAGUACCCUGGCAUGGAGUUCACGAGGUUCAUGGACAGCGGCCUCGGCUUCACUGUCCUACACGGGAAAACUGUCUACGUCCCUUGCAAUAUGAGCAACAGAAUCCUCGAGUACAGCAUUGCCGAAAACCGGCUGUCGGUGAUCGACACCCAGUUCCACCAGUACUACCAGUGGCACGCCGUCCUCGUCGCCCGCGGUCCAAGACGACGGCGUGCUUCUGUUCGCCGGCUUGGAGGAUUCAACCCUCCACGCGCGUGUGGUCAAGGGAGGCCGGCCAAGACGGCGCUGUGGAGUGGGCGCAACGCAGGGUCAUCCGUCUCGACAUGCUGGUGCCCCGUCCUGGCUGCUGCAGCACGCCCGACUGGGAUGGCAUCUCGGGUGGCCUAUUGGUUGGAUCCGCAGACGGCGUCAUCUUCCCCAGCACACAUGCUGGAUCAUACACCGUUGACAUUACUUCGGGCCGAGUCAGGAAGUUAACCAACAUGAGAUUCACGGACAAAAUCAUCCCCUACACCAGCUUCUACACUCUAGAUCAUUCUAUGGGCAUAAAGCACCACUGCCUUGAACAUGUGAGCUCAUCAACAUGACUUGGCUGCCAUUUUGGUGGACUUUUCUUCGUUUGUUGGUAAGAUUAGGUAUGGAUGCAAGGUUCUGAAUUCCAACUUGGUUCUGUGCAUAUCUUAAUUCUGAAAGAAAAUGUACACUUGAUGGUUGGACCAUACUAUGAUGCCAGUCAACAUUUUAUUGCAUGCUAUAACCUGUUGAAAAUCGUAGAUGAUUGUAGUGACUACUAUUAAGAUAUGUUCAAUGUGAUCUUCCUACAUGUAUCUAUAUGCAGUACUAGCUUUGCAACUGGUACAUUUCAAUUUUUUUGGGUACUUAACCUGACUAGAUUUCUGUUUCGUUGGUCUAACCGUUCUAACAUAUAAUAUUGUUCUGAAGGUUCUGCAUAUGCCCUAUGCAUUUCUCUGUCUGAAAGAGAAAUGCAGUCAUGAAGGUUGAACCAUCCUCUGUUAGUGGAAGU